UUGGUAAUGGUACUCCACACAAGACUAGAGUAGCUUACUUGCUCACAUCGCCAUAGUACUUACAUUACAAUGACAUUGGCAUGACCUUUUCCAACUCUUUUCUUCUAUUCAUUCAAACGCGUUCAGAUUCAGACAACCAUAACAUCACGAAACCGGCCGUUGCUAUAAUUUCCCUAUAAAAAUAUAUUUACUCUUUAGAAUAAGCCAAAACUUCCCAACAAAUGUUUUUUUACAUUUAAUUAAUAAUCCUCCGCUUCAUCGUUGACCAGAUCUCUAGCUAGCUUUUUACAUAUUUCAUGUCAGCUCUUAUAUUAAUCCCCCACUUUAUAAACUUCACAACAAUUACGCUUCCUUACUCCUCCAUACAAUAAUACUAUUCACACCCCCUUUCUCUUCUAAUCACAAUUUCAAUUUCAUUUUUUUUAACAUAAAUAUAUAGCAACAUGAAUCACUUGCCAGACAUUUCUACCGGAAGAUCGCCAAGAAGAGAGCUUCAAGGCCCACGACCUACUCCUCUAAGAAUACACAAAGACUCUCACAAGAUCAGCAAAAAACCACCGUUGCCGCCGCCACAACAACAACAACAACAACCACCACGUCAACCAAUAAUAAUAUACACCGUAUCUCCUAAGGUAAUUCACACCACACCUGGUGACUUCAUGAACCUCGUUCAACGUCUAACCGGCUCAACAUCAUCAUCAUCAUCAAACAUAGACCCUUUCAACGGUGACGGAACUAUAUCGCCUGCGGCACGUUACGCCACCGUUGAAAAAGCCAUGUCACCUUUGGGAAAGAAACAAGUGCAACAAAGAGUAGUACCAAUAACAAGUACUAAUCAUGAUGUAAUUAUGAACGAUGUGCAUGAAUUAGAACAAGUACAAUUGAUGAAUCAUGGAAUAUUGGAGAGAGGAAACAUGAUGUUUCAAGGGAUUUUGUCUCCGGGACCGGCUUCAUUGUCACCGAUUCCUUCAAACUUUUUUUCGCCGCCAUCUUCGGAUCCAAACAUGGUUAAUAAUUUCCUUCAUGAUUUUAGUCCUGUACUUCAUAGUAGCAGAAAUUUUAUGGAGGGUGGUGCUAAUUUCUUCUUGCCUAGUCCUUCUAAUUUUGUUUCACCUCAUACUCCUACUAUUGACUUAUUCAACUAUUUCUUAGACUAAUAAAUGCUUCACAUUUAUUUUUUGUUCAAUUUGCAUUACACUUUCAUUUUGUAUACAAAGAUUUUUAGAUAUAGGGCAUAUGAUUUACUUUACUUUACUUUACUUUACUUUACUUACCUAGCUAGUUUACCUUGUUGAGUUAUUUUCUAGUUUGAGAAACACAAAAAGAAAGUACUAGCAACUAGCUGGAAUUGGAUUUAUUUUGAGACAUUUUGCAGCUCAAAUUGUUUAUGACCUUCACCGUUGACAUUAUUCUUUUGUCAUGUAAUGUCCAUUUCAAUAUUGCAUUUCAUUUGUUAGUUGAAA